AGGAAGAGCAGUCGCGAGCCGAGUGUAACCGGAUGUUGACGAAGCUUCUGUGGCGUUCCAGCCCUCACAUGCACCGCUAUCGCGUUUCCAGCACUCAUCUUCUAGAACUUUCUUGACAAUUCAGAAAGCUCUUCACAUCUGCGGCAAACUAAUGGCAGCCGAACGCAUCUUUUCUGACAGCUUCAUUGACGAAGAUCCACAGAAAGCUCUGGAGGAACUUAAUGAGGCUCUGAAGGAAGAGUCUGACAAAGCAGAGUGGCUCUGUCAGCGAGCCUAUGCCCACAUACUCUUAAAGAACUACAGCCGUGCUGCUGACGAUUCCAAGAAAGCCCAUCAGCUAAAUCCUGGCCUACCAUUAGCGUUCAUGCGAACAGGAAUAGCAGAGUACCACCUGGAAAACUAUGAGUCGGCACACGCAGCCUUUACACAGGGACACCAACUGGAUGUUUCUGACAAAUCAUUUGAAGUCUGGAUCAAGCGGUGUGAGGAGAUGAUGGGGAAGCAGACACAAACCAGCAGCGCCGACAUGACGCCAGCCGCUCCACCUGUUAAGCAUGACUGGUAUCAAACAGAGUCUCAAGUCAUCGUCACGGUUAUGGCAAAAAACGUUCCCAAGGAGGGAGUGCGUGUCAACUUUGCAGAAAAAGAGCUUUGUGCGAGGAUACAGCUGGCAUCAGGGGAGAAUUGCAACCUCCAUCUCCAUCUUCUGCACUCCAUUGUCCCCCAACAGAGCACCUUCAAGAUCCUCACCACCAAGGUGGAAAUCAAGAUGAAGAAGACAGAUGCCAUUAGAUGGGAGAAGCUGGAGGGAGAAGGACAGGAGUCCAACAUCAAACACUGGAAUCCAAAUCAGUACCCCACCUCCUCCCACUACACCCACAAAUGGGACAAGAUGGUGUUGGACAUAAGUGAGGAGGAGAAGAAUGAGCAGCUGGAGGGAGACGCUGCUCUCAACAAGCUCUUUCAGCAGAUCUACACGGACGGCUCAGACGAGGUCAAACGAGCCAUGAACAAAUCCUUUAUGGAGUCUGGUGGUACGGUUCUCAGCACCAACUGGGGCGAUGUGGGCCGGAGAACGGUGGAGGUCAGUCCUCCAGAUGAUGCAGAGUUCAAGAAGUACUGAGCACCUCUCUUCCUCCUCCUGUUUGUUUCUUCCUCCCCUUUUUAAAAUCAUGCGAUGACCCCGCUGAGUUCCCUGGGAGCUGCAGUCGGCCUGGCGGUCCUCUUCUCCUCCUCGUUGUGAUGGCAUUCAGAAGCCAUUCUAUCAGCGCACACCUGGCCUACUCUCCUCUAGAAGUCAUCACCAGAGGGGUCAGUUUUAGAUCAUCUCUUGAACUAAUUGAUCUGGUUUAAAGGCCAAUGCAUCCAAAAGGGAGGUAACAUGACCAACAGACCUGAAAAGCCUCCAUCCAACCUGCAGACGAAUAAUCUUUGUUCGUUUUUGUCCUUAAAACAGCAACAUGUGAAGCCUUUCAUCAUUUUUCAUAAUCAGCCCGUUGUAAAAAUGUAAAGUUGCUCAGAAGAAGGAACGCAACAAUUUUUCUGUAAACAGCAGGACUUAGAAACCUUCUGCUCUGGCUACCUGUCAUUUUCACUUGUGACUUUAACUCCACUGUAAAUAAAAGAUUUGGUUCUAAAACGGC